CUAAUUACAUAAUACUGUAGUCGAGGAAAUAAGUUGUGCCACACCCCCUUCUUUUAUGUGACUUUUUUCGAGUUUAUGGAUCCUUCAAAGACACUUGAAACCAAAAAAUUUCGGACUAUUGAUUACUUCGUGCGUGGCUGACCAAGAAAUCAAUGAACGAUGCCCCUAAGAUCAUUUAUAUGACAGUUACACACCUGGAUUAAGUAGUAUAUGCACUACGAGAUAUUCAAAAUGCCAGACUAUUGGUUAAUAUCCGCACCUGGAGAUGAAACAUGUCAGCAGACAUGGGACACUGUGAACAACUUGACCUUCAGGCAACAUUCUUUAUCGGUCAACUACAAAUUCCCCAUCCCAGAUCUAAAAGUUGGAACCCUGGAUCAACUAGUUGGUCUGUCGGAUGACCUUGGAAAACUUGAUAUGUACGUCGAGCAGAUAACCCGCAAGGUUGCAACAUAUUUGGGGGAAGUGUUAGAAGAUAAAAAGGACAAGCUUCAUGAAAAUCUUAUGGCCAACAAUAGUCAAACGUCAAUGGAUGGGGAGAGCUCGAGCCCCGAAGGGGGUCCGGACACCCCGCCAAACACCCCCGUCACUCCAUCACACAAGACUUCGAAGGAGCACCACAAGCAAUGGAAGGAAUCGGAGAAAUGCGAACCAGAACCGGCCGCCUGUUUAGGUCAGCAUCAUCAUCAGCGUCACCAUCACCAUCACAAGCAUCAUCAUAGUCAUAAACAUCAUAAUCAUUCUUCUGAUUUCGACAAGAAAUCGUCACACAGCCCUCAAGGCCUCUGCGAUGCCCGAUCAUCGAACGAUCCCUUAUCGGUAUAUUCAUGCUACCACGCGCAUUGGUGCGCCGCUUCAACCUCUUCCACGCCUAUUCCCAGUCCCACCCCAACGAGUCCCAGCCAUUCCCUUUCAUCAAACUGUAGCAGCGAAGGAGAGACCAGAUGGCAGUCGUCGACGCGUCAUCGGAGUAACGAGAAAGCGGAACGUUCUACCAGCAAUCGCAAAUCGGUCAGCAAUGACGACGACGACGACGACGACGACGAAGACGAUGCGGAUCGAAACAGCGACCAAGACCAAGACCAAGACCAUAGCGGCAAUUUGCCCAAUCCAGGUGAUCUACCAUCAUAUAUAACUCGAUUCCAGUGGGAUCUAGCAAAAUAUCCUAUCAAACAAUCCCUAAGAAAUAUUGCCGAGAUUAUCUGUAAACAAGUGAGCCAGAUCGAUGAUGACCUUAAAACCAAAUCUACGACAUAUAAUAAUUUGAAGGGCAGUUUACAAAAUCUCGAAAAGAAACAAACUGGAAGUUUAUUAACAAGAAGUUUGGUAGACUUGGUGAAGAAGGAACACUUCAUCUUGGAUAGCGAAUAUUUAACUACGUUACUUGUUAUCGUGCCAAGGGACAGCUACCACGAGUGGCAGAAUAAUUACGAAAGAUUAACGCCGAUGAUUGUGCCACGUAGUACACAACUUAUUUUCGAGGAUACUUACCAUGGUUUAUUUACUGUUACCCUGUUCAAGAAAGUUAUCGAAGAAUUUAAAGUGCAUGCUCGCGAGAAAAAGUACAUAGUUCGCGAUUUUACAUACAACGAAGAAGAAAUGGCAGCAGGGAAAAAUGAGAUUACAAAACUGGUAACUGAUAAAAAGAAACAAUUUGGACCUCUUGUGCGUUGGCUGAAGGUCAAUUUCAGUGAAUGUUUCUGUGCAUGGAUUCACGUUAAAGCUUUGCGAGUAUUUGUGGAAUCUGUUCUAAGGUAUGGCUUACCUGUCAAUUUUCAAGCAAUCCUAUUGCAUCCACAUAAAAAUUGUACAAGACGAUUACGUACCGUUCUCAAUCAGCUUUAUGCUCAUCUAGAUUCCUCUGCUUCUACAACUGGGCAAGGAAAUCAAGAUAGCAUGGAUGAUAUGCCAGGAUUAACUUUCGGCCAAAGCGAUUAUUUUCCUUAUGUAUAUUAUAAAAUCAACAUAGACAUGGUCAACCAGCAGGUUAAUCAUUAAAGAUGAGACCAUUCUCGUUCUAUAUUUUAAAUAUUUUUUCAUUCACAUAACAUACUUCUAUAACUCCAGGUACUUAGCAACAGGUGCGUACAAAGUGUACGAAAUAUGGUUUAUAUUCUUGGAAUUUUUGUUGCAACCUUGAUUUUCAGUGUAUCUGUAAUUAUCGUCUGUUCACUUCCAGGAGUAGGUAAAACAUUUAUUUGAAAAUUAUAUUUUUAUAGUAGAUUUAAAUGCCUGGAGAGAAUGUAUGAACUAUGAUAUUAGCUCAAUGUAAACUGUGCAUAAUAGAUUGUGUAAUUAUUUGUAUAAAUUCCAACAAACGUAUUUGAAUACAUACCACGAACUUCCUUUUCUUUUUGAACUAUGUUUUCCAUACUUAUAGCUACUCUGACCGCUUCAAACUUGCAACUUUAUAAAACCUAAACAUGAUGAAAGAUUUAUUCUCACAGUUAUAGAAACCAUUAGAUGUGUGCAAGAACCCGGAUAUUGAGUCAGGUCGGGACGGGUUUCCGAUAGAGUCGGGAUCCUCCUCAAUGUUCAAGGUUUUUUAAUUUAGUAUCAAAAGGGGAUCGAUCGUCUUCUUUUCCUGCUUUGUGCAAACUGCCAGCAGUCAAAUUAUUUUCCAAUAUCAUUUAUGCAGUCCUAGGACCCAUAUCUUGUUAUAUGUAUCAUAUUAUAUAAAAUGCUUGAAAUCUUGAACAUUAUUGAAAAUUCCAACUAUCGAGAAUCCCAAAAGCUUUAGAAACCUGACCCAACCCGACCCGCCCGACCAUGGGGUUCUCAUAUACCUCUAGAAACCAUACACAUACUCCUUUUGGUGCCUACAUUAAUUUAUUAAUGUUCUCACAAUUAAAUAUAGCACAACCUAUUUUACACGGUAUUAGAACAAGCAAAAACAAACGAGUAUCGUGCCAGAAUAAAAAUUCUGCAAUGUAUAACUGUAUUAUUUUAUGUAUUAUCUAUAAAAUUAAGAACAUUGUGAAUAUUGUUACGAAAAGAAACGCGCAUCUUGUUAUUAUGAAAACAUAGAAAAUGAUAAUAUUGAUCAAAAUGAUGCUUUAUCUGUCUUCGUUCAAAGGCCUUCGUAUUACACAUGCUACGUGGCAACUAGUAAAAUAAGUAUUAUUUGGAUAUCGUUCCGCAGAAAGUUAUUUUAUCGAAUUCAUUCGAAAUUACUAUUUCAAUGGUGCAUAUUGUACAAUUACGUACUAAAUAAAAGUUACGAAAUCGCGAAACCGGUAGUUUGAACCUCGAAGUAUUAUUAUUAAACAUUAUUAACAAAGGGAACGAAAUUUUAUCAUCGUUGAUUAAAAUUUGUAUAAAAAUAGAAUUUUCCUAUGUUAUGCGAUUGACAUAUUCUAUACGUUUUAAACGUUCUAUGUAUCAUACUGAUAAUUCUGAAAAUGUAUUAUUUUUAGAAGUGUGCAGGGAUCGGAAAAUGUCGGGAAACCGAUGGUAAGGACGGAUUGGGUUGGGUUCCCAUAAAAAAUCAGGAUUCCCGAUAGCGUCAGCAUUCUUAAAAAUGCUCAAGAUUUUAUUUUGAUUUUAGUUACUAAAGUAAAAUCAUGAACAUUGUCGAGGAUCCUAACUCUCUUGUAAAUCCUGAAAGUUCCAGGAACCCGUCCUAAUCCCAAGGUAAACUUCUGGCCCGAUAUUUUCAAAUUAUCGUACACCUCUAAUUAGUUUAUAUACCAUAAAAUUAAUUAGAAUAUUAUAUCCCUCUUAUAUAAUUUUACAAGUUCCAGUUGUAAAAACAAUAUUUCAGUUAUAGUGAUGACAAUACUAGCCAAACGAUAAAUGUAUGUUGAA